ACGCUGCCCAUCGCGAAGUUGCUGUCUUCAUUACUUGCAGAAAAUGAUGCCAGCGCUGCACUCCACGAAAAACUCGAGUCUAUACACAAAAGUCUGUCUGAUGACAAAGAUGAAAUGACAGAUAUAACAGAUGGCACCCUAUACAGAACCCUUAGUCACAAACUGACGUUAAAAAAUGACAUAACCCUCACUGUUAACAGUGACGGAAGCCCCGUCUUCAAAUCGUCAAAAUUUUCUGUGUGGCCCAUUCAGGUGAUGGUGAAUGAACUCCCAGUGCACAUUAGGCAGAAAAACGUGCUUGUGUCUGCCCUAUUGUAUGACCAGAAACAUCCUUAUAUGACUCUUCUAUUAAACACAUUUGUAGAACAAAUGGAUGGAUUGUCGACCAACGGCAUCACAUGGAAGGCAGGCAACGAAACUGUGCAUUCCAAGGUGUACUGCUUCAGCUGCCGCGCUGAUGCACCAGCACGGGCAGCCAUGCAGCACUUAACCCAGUUUAACGGGUAUUACGGCUGUGGAAGAUGCUUACAUCCUGGGGCUGCUGUGGAUGGAACGGUCAAGUAUCCUGUGGACACUAUUGCACCUGAUAGGACAGCAGAAGGUACAAAGAUAAUGAUCGAGGCCGCUGAAGCUGGAAGACCGGUUCAGGGCGCAAAAGGCGUCACACCUUUGAUUAAUAUUCAUCACUUUAUUAUAAUCUGGGGCUUUACCCCAGAUUAUAUGCAUUGUGUGCUUCAAGGUGUGGUACGGCAGUUGACGGAUGACUGGCUCUCGACGUAGGCGAGCAGUAUUACA